AUCAGACACGAUGCUUUAAUAUCAUGAAGAUAGAAGAUUAGAAACGAUUUGCAAGUCUUCAAAGCCGAUUAAUCUUGGUGCAUUGAUUCAGUAUGGAUAUCGGUAAAGAAAUCAAGGAUCAACGGUCAUUCUUUGCACAGAGACGUGAGUUCAACUUUUUCAUAGAAGAUGAGGAAAUUACAGUUAAAACUGACGACUUACCACCUGAAACCUCCCUUAAUUAUUACAUUCGUCAAAAGUUACAUUUAACAGGCACUAAGUAUAUGUGUAACGAGGGAGGAUGCGGUGCUUGCGUGGUAGCGGUAACGGUGACCGAUCCAACAACCAACUGUGACACUAUUCUUGCAGUUAACUCGUGUUUGGUGCCGAUUUACGUAUGCGAAGGCUGGAGAGUUCAUACCAUAGAAUCGAUAGGUAACGAAAAAAAGGGUUACCACCCUAUUCAAAAAGCAUUGGUACAGUUUAAUGGAACCCAAUGCGGAUACUGCACUUCGGGAAUGUUAAUGAAUAUGUUCCCCCUGUAUGAGUUGGGAGAUUUUACCAUGGAGCAAGUAGAAAAUAGUUUCGCUGGAAAUAUUUGCAGAUGUACCGGAUAUAGACCUAUACUGUCUGCCUUUAAAUCUUUAGCAUCAGAUGCGACGCCAGCAGUUUUAGGUAGUUAUGCCGACAUUGAAGAUAUCAAGAUUUGUGAAAGGAGUGGAAAACGCUGCUUUGCACCGUGCGCUAGUAAGUGCUCCAAAAAGUCUCAACCGCAUUUUUAUUCCCUUCAAUCGUCCAAAUGGUAUAAAGUGUAUUCAAUCGAUGAAAUCCUUGAUGUGUUUAUGGAGGCUGGAGAAUCAAGUUACCAAUUAGUUAGUGGAAACUCGGCAAAAGGAGUAUACCCAUUGAGAAAAGAAGUUGAUUUUUAUAUUGACAUUACAUGCGUGAAGGCUCUCUUGGAACACAGAAUGGAGGGUGAUCACCUGGUUAUUGGAGCUAACAUGACUCUAACUAACGCAAUGCACCUAUUUUGUAGUCUAGCCACCCAACAUAAACAAUUUUCAUACUUACAAAAAUUAGCCGAUCACAUUGACCUGGUUGCCACAGUAUCCGUACGAAAUGUCGGUACAUUGGCAGGCAAUUUAUUUACCAAACACGAACAUCAUGAAUUUCCAUCCGAUUUAUUUCUCAUUCUGGAAACAGUAGGUGCUCAAUUAACAUUGGUCGGCGUCAAUCGAAAUCAAUACAACAAAAACUUAGUCGAUUUUUUAAGGUCAGACAUGAACAAAGUGGUUAUCAAAAACAUUAUCCUUCCCGCAUUAGAUGAAACAUAUAGAUACGAAAGCUACAAGAUAAUGCCGCGCGCCCAAAAUGCUCACGCUCUCAUACACGCAGGUUUCCUACUGAAAUUACGCGACAACAGCAUCGUAACUUCUGCUCGAUUGGUUUUCGGACCAAUCAAUCCAAACUUCAUCCACGCUAAGAUGUCUGAAGAGUACCUAAUAGGAAAACAGUUAUUCAAAAACGACACGAUACAAAGACUUUUUCAUUAUUUAGAUUUGGAAAUAAAACCCAAUCACGUUCUACCCGAUCCCUCGCCAGAGUAUAGGAAGAAAGUCGCAAUUUCGCUUACAUAUAAAUUUAUUUUGAGCAUCGCACCUGAAAGUAAACUGCUCCCCAAUUUCGUGAGUGGACGUUCAAAAUUUGUGCGACCUGUAUCCACAGGUACUCAAGACUACGAGACCAACGAAUCCUUAUAUCCAUUAACGCAAGCCAUUCCAAAAAUAGAAGCGUUAAGCCAAAGCACAGGUCAAGCUAAAUACAUUAUGGACACUCCCGAUUACCCCAACCAGUUAUAUGCGGCACUUGUCCUGGCGAAGGCUCCUGCGAAUUCUACCAUUCUUGAAAUCGAUCCCAAAGAAGCCAUGGGAAUUAAAGGCGUUGUUGCUUAUUUAGAUAAGAACGACAUCCCCGGUAGAAAUUCGUUCACGCCGAAGGAAGCGUCCUUUAUGUUUGUGACGGAUGAAGAAAUUUUUUGUAGCGGACACGUUGAGUAUUACCAUCAACCCAUAGGUAUGAUAGUAGCGAAUAGCCAAUACAUCGCAGAGAAGGCUGCGGAAUUGGUAAAUGUUACUUAUAAAAGAAGUUCUGAAAAACCGCUGCUCACUAUAAGAGACAUAUUGUCCAAUAAUCGGUCGGAUCGCAUUAAGCUUGACGAUGAACUCAAAGCUACGCGACUUGGUGAGGACGUCAAGCAUGUAAUUAAAGGAAGAUUUGACGCCUCCACCCAAUAUCACUACACUAUGGAAACUCAGUGCUGCGUAGCAGUACCCGAAGACGACGAGUUAACAUUAUUUCCAUCAGCACAAUCAGUAACAAUGCCUCAAGUUACCGCCGCAGUAACUUUAAAUAUACCUGCAAAUAAGAUCAAUGUAAUCGUUCGUCGCUUAGGUGGAGGGUACGGCGCGAAAAUAUCCAGAAACAGUAUCGUAUCUUGUGCAGCAGCAAUUGCAGCCUACAAGCUGAAAAAACCGAUCAAACUAUCCUUGCCUUUAACAACAAAUAUGAAUAUUAUUGGAAAACGUUUGCCAUGUUCGAUGGAUUACGACAUGGGGGUGGACGACACGGGAACAAUUCAGUAUUUAAAUGCAUCGUUGUACUCUGAUUUAGGUUACGCUGGAAACGAAAGUUUGGGAAAUGCGUUAUUAAACAUGGUUACCGGGAAUUUUGAACAUGAUACUUGGAAUAUGAAAAUAUUUUCUACUAAAACGGAUACACCACAAGCGACUUUUUGCCGAGCACCUGGAACAACUGAAGCCCUUGCAACUUCCGUCAGCUUGAUGAAUCAUAUUGCCGUUAGUCUUAACAUUGAUCCCGUUACGGUUUAUCAAAAUAAUUUCGAUAAACAGCAACCUAACCUUUCUAAAUAUUUGAACGACUUGAUGGAAUGGGCUAAUGUGGAAAGCAGAAGAAAGGAUAUAAUGAAUUUUAAUUUGAAAAAUCGAUGGGUUAAAAAGGGAAUUGCGGUUGUUCCCAUGGGGUAUUUCCAAAUACUGUUUGGAAAUUGGAAUGUCUACCUCAGUGUUUAUCAAUCGGAUGGUACAGUUGCCAUAACACAUGGCGGUAUUGAAAUGGGCCAAGGAAUUAAUACAAAGGUCGCCCAAGUGUGUGCGCAUGCUUUAGGAAUACCCUUAAAUCACAUUGUAAUCAAGCCAACCAAUACAACGAUUUCGCCUAAUGCGUUGGUUUCUGGUGGUAGUCUAACAAGUGAAGCUGUGUGUUACGCCGUUUCCAAAGCGUGUGAAGAAUUGAAACAACGGAUGGAGGUUGUGAAACAAACAAUGGAUAACCCUAACUGGCUUGAGUUAGUCCAAGCUUGCUAUAUGAAAGAUGUUUCAUUGACCACAACGUUCAUGUUCAGUUCGUCAUUACCUGAUGUUAAUGCGUACCAUAUUUAUGGUGCAACGUGUGCGGAAGUGCAGAUAGAUGUGCUAACUGGUCAACAUAAUAUAUUAAGAGUUGACUUAAUAGAAGAUACAGGUAAUAGUAUGAGUCCACAUGUUGACAUUGGCCAAGUGGAAGGGGCGUUUAUGAUGGGUGUUGGUUACUGGACCUCCGAGGAAAUAAUAUACAAUCCAGAAGGGGAACUCGCAACUAAUCGAACUUGGAAUUAUAAGCCUCCUGGCGUUAAAGACAUUCCAAUUGAUUUUCGGGUGAAGUUUCCGAAAAAAAAUCCGAAUCCUUUAGGAAUCUUUUUCUCUAAGGCCACCGGAGAACCUCCGUUAUGUAUGUCCUGCUGCGUUCCGCUUGCGAUUAGAAAUGCAGUUGCUGCAGCUCGAACAGAUUCCGAUGCAACAGCCGAGAAAUGGUAUCCAUUUGAUGGACCUUCAACAGUUGAAAACACUUUCUUAAAUUGUUUGAAUGACUACAAACAAUAUAAAUUGUAAAUUCAGUAUUGUAUAGUUGCAUUGAAUAAUAAAUCAUGAUAGUUGUAUGGUCUGGCGUAAUAAAGUGCGUUAAAAAUU